AUGCUAAAAAUAAGUGGCAAGAAGUUCCAUUUUCCUUCAGCUAUUGGUGCUAUCGACUGCACCCAUAUACCUAUUCUGAAGCCGUUUAUUCAUGCAGACGAAUAUGUGAACAGAAAGAACUUUGCUAGUAUAAAUGUACAAGCAACGUGCAAUUCAAACGAAGAGUUCACAAGUGUGGAUGUUUCUUGGCCAGGAUAUGUACACGACUCUCAGAUAUGGAAGAAUUCUGAUAUAUACAACGUUAUGAAAUGGAAUAGGACUAGUGCUGUUCUGUUGGGAGACUCUGGGUAUGGUUUAGCUCCUUGGCUCAUGACUCCUUUUAGGAUUGCAGAAACAGCGGAAUAA